AUGCGGCUUUUCCUUUGGCCCUGCCUCUGCCAGGCUGCAGCAGACCUGAACCUCGUCCCAGAUUGGGACCACGCUCCUUUCUUGCACGGUGUCGCGUCGGCUGAUCCAUUGGAAACCCAAGUGCUGAUCUGGACCCGCGUCAGCAAUGCUGGCCUAGACACGGAAGUUCUCUGGGGCCUCUGGAGCGAGGGCGGACGGGAGUCUUUUGAGCAUCCUCUCCGGCGUGGCAGACAGCUGGCGACAGCAAGUUCUGAUUUCACAGUCUCUGUGGAUGUGACGGGUUUGCGUCCAGGCUCGCGCUAUCUGUAUCAGUUUUCUGUGGGAAGAAAUCGUUCCAUGUUGGGCCACACCAGAACUGCCAGCAACGAUUCUCAAGUCGACCUCGCAAUUCUGUCCUGUACGAGCCUUUGGAGCGGAUUCUUUAACUUCUAUCGACAGCUUGCCGUCGAGGACCUGGAUGCAGUUGUGCAUGUAGGUGACCUGGUCUACGAGAGGCCUGACCCGGACGAACUGCUUCGUGUUCCUGAUCUGCACUGCGAUGAGGACCAAGAAGUGAGCCCUCUGCAGGCACCUGGCAUCGUGAUGGACAGUCUGCGGGAUGCCUUGUGCAGCAGUUCCGACUCCGUUAGAUACAGGGCCUUGCAUUCGGUGCACAUGUUCGAUCCCGAUUUCCGGUUGGCCCGCUCGAAGCAUCCCUUUAUCGUCAUUUACGACAAUCAUGACAUCAACUGGCGCAAUGCGAACAGCUCCUUGCACGCUUUCCGGGAGUGGGUGCCAAUGAGGGCAAGCAGUGGUGAUGCAGGCAGUUACCGACAUUUCCACUUUGGCAAUAACUUGCUGGACCUCUUCUUGCUUGAUACCACAGCCUCAGCAAGCAAAGACAGCCUCUUGGGUGAAGAGCAGCACGAUUGGCUGGGCGAGCAGCUGAUGAACUCCUCAGGGGCCUGGCGGCUGUUCGCUUCGCCGAAGACUUUCAUGCCGCUUACACUGAACAGGAUUGGGGUGUCGCUUGCCGUGCCCGUUGCUGGCAUUGCCUUGUUGCUGCUGUUGCAGCUGAUCUGCUGCAGGUUGCUGGCGCGUUCAUUCACCCGCCGCCAAGCAGAGCAGCAGGACCUUUUGGACUUGCCCGGCAACGAGCUGUACAGCGCUGGGCGCCCUGCUAUGGCAGCUCAGAAGAUGGUGCGCUGCUGUUCGGUCUGUGCACAGUGCAUCUUCUGGCUCUGGCUGCUGGUGGGAGUCGUUACCUGCAUCCUGCUCUUUGUCAAGCUUGACAAACGCCCCGGUCUGAACCUCCUCCAUGCAUCUCGGACCACCUGGGAGGGCCAUCCGAGGUCCCGGGAAGCGCUUUUCGAGCAGUUGCGGCAGAGUGGGAAGACCUCCAACAACAUCUGGGCGGUCGGUGACAUGCACUUCUCCUACAUUGCUGACGUCUUCCACUUCGACUACCAGGGUCAAGACCUGCUGUCCUACCACCCUGGGACAUCCUCACCGGAGCGGUUCGGGGUGGAAUUCAUGCCUGGUUCCGGCAGCCGCGGGAAUAUGGACGAGAAAGCGUACGAACUUCUGGGGGUCCUCUUUCGGCCCCCGUCUUUGCUAUCUCGGCUCAUGAGUCGAGUGGUUGACUACGUCAUGCUAUCUGCCAAUCCGCACGUUCGACAUUUCGAGGGCUCGGAUCAUGGCUACGGACUUUUGAGGAUAACCCCUCAGCAAGUUCAGGCUAGUUGGGUACG